GAGGCGAUUUGCAGACCGAGGGGGGAGAAGGGGAGCGGACACAGACGCAAGCCGCUUUUUUAUUAUUAUUUGUGAGGCGAGAGAGAAGAAGAAGAAGAAGAAAAACACGUUUUUAUUUAUUUUUUUUUUGUACAAGAUGUCGUCGGAAAACCAGGACUCUGAAACGCAGCUGGAAUCGGGAGAGGAGAAACAGGAUUCGCAGGAGAAGGAUUCCAAUCCGGUCAGGGCGGAAGAGAUGAAAUUGAAAGCCAAAUACCCCAGCCUGGGGCAGAAACCAGGGGGCUCCGACUUCCUCAUGAAGAGGCUGCAGAAAGGGCAAAAGUACUUUGACUCGGGAGAUUACAACAUGGCCAAAGCGAAGAUGAACAAGAAGCAGCUGCCUAGUGCCGGCCCGGACAAGAAUCUGGUGACGGGAGACCACAUUCCCACACCGCAAGACCUCCCUCCGAGGAAGUCCUCGCUAGUAACCAGCAAGCUGGCGGGAUAACAGCCUGCCAGAGCCCUUCCCUCCCCACCGCCCCCAGCCUCGCUCCACCAGGCUUAGCUCUGGAGACAGCCAGAAAUAUUCACUCUGUGGUCGGGGGGGGAAAGCUGGUGAAAUAUGGUUUGAGGGGCUGGCGACUGACUCCAGGG